AAUAUAAGGAGAAACAUACACAAUAGGUGUAGUAGAGUUCUACAACGAAGGCAGAAAUGGAUAAAGUUAAUUUUAUUUUUGUCGUUUUCUUUUGUUUAGCUGUAUCAGAUGUUUAUUACAGUAAUGCUAAGGAGAUUCCCGACAAAGAGAAUAAGAUAAUGGGCGGAAGAAACGUCACCAUAGAAGAGUAUCCUUACAUAGUGUAUCUAGUUCUGAAGGAUAAGACUACACAGGAUUACCACCAAUGCGGUGGAUCUAUUGCUACUCGGAAAUGCAUUCUCACGGCGGCUCAUUGCGUCUCAGAAGUGGAGUCGGCGUCCAUAAGAGUCGGUAGUACGUACGCUUCGCAUGGUGGAAUUACUUACAAGUCCAGUGAAUUUUCAAUACAUCCUAAAUACCGUAAUAUGGAUUACGAUGUAGCUGUGAUCAAAUUGAAUACACCUAUCCUUAUAACCAAGGCAAGCAAGUUAGUCACCUUGCCGACCGAGAAGUGCACAGUGCCUGCGGGCACCAACCUUACUGUUGCUGGCUGGGGUCGUAAUGAUGAAGGAAAGAACAGCGACAUUUUGAUGGCGGUGAGUGUUACCGCGGUGUCUCAAGAUGAAUGCCAAAAAACCUAUCCGUACUUAAGUCCUAGGAUGUUAUGUGCCGGUGAGCCAGAGGGAGGCAAAGAUUCGUGUCAGGGUGAUUCUGGUGGUCCAAUAGUGCUAACUGGUACCGAUCACCAAAUGGGUGUGGUGUCAUUUGGCAGAGGAUGCGCGAGUCCCAACACUCCAGGUGUAUAUAGUAAUCUGUGUGAUCCAGAAAUUCUGGAUUGGAUCAAAGAGAUGGGUUGCGCGUACGUCUGUUACAGUCAACCGAAUGAAAAUGCCGACAAAGAAGAUAAGAUAGUCAACGGAUACAGCGUGACCAUAGAAGAAUAUCCUUACGUAGUGUACCUAAGGCUAAAGAAUGCAUCUGUGAGCGGUUACCACCAAUGCGGAGGAUCUAUCGUUACCUCACGAUGCGUUCUUACUGCGGCCCAUUGCAUCUCUGGGCAAGAGUCAGUAUCCAUAAGAGUGGGGAGCACGUACGCUUUGAGUGGUGGAUAUACUUUUGACCCUCAGACAAUGAUAAUGCAUCCUAAAUACAACGAUGUUAGUGGCGAUUACGAUAUAGCUGUGAUCAAAUUAAAGACUCCUAUCAUAACAACCAAACGUAGUAAAAGAGUCACAUUGCCGUUUCUGAAGUGCACCGUGCCUGAGGGUACAAACCUUACUGUCGCUGGCUGGGGUCGUACUAGUGAAAAUGGACAUGGCAGCGAGACUUUGAUGGCGGUGAAUAUUGCUGCGGUGUCAUAUGAUGAUUGCAAAAAAACCUACUCGUACUUAACUCCUAGGAUGAUGUGUGCCAGUGACCAAGUGGGAGGUGGAGAUUCGUGUAAGGGUGAUUCUGGUGGUCCAUUAGUGCUUACUGGUACCAAUCAGCAAGUGGGUGUGGUGUCAUUUGGUAAUGGAUGCGCGAGACCCGACACUCCUGGUGUAUAUAGUAAUCUGUGUGAUCCAGAAAUUCAGGAUUGGAUUAAAGAGAUGGGUUGCGCGUAAACUGCUUGAUCAUUCUUCUACAUAUUUGUUGCUUAAAUUAAAAUGUAAAAAUAAAUUCAAAGACCGUGCUGCGUUCACGUAA